ACGUCAUGCAGGCCUCGUGCCUGUUCGUCGCGACCGAGGGGAUGGUUCUGCUGGACGCCUCGCUCCUGACGCUGAUGCUCAACAUCGCUGCCGAGCUGGAGGUUCUCAACGACAACCUCGUCUCCAUAAAAGGCACCGAACGGCCGAAGGACGAAAAAUGCUGUCAUACAAAUGAUCGCUAUCCGUACUCGAAUGACAAGCGUCUCAACAGUAAUUCCAGUUCCGCGGACGACACGUACCUUCAGUUAGUGGAUAACAUAAAACACCACCAGCAUAUCAUAAGCCGAACGAUGGAACUGGAGUCCCUGAUGAGCGGACCCACGCUUAUACUCCUGUUCUACAACCUCGUCUGCAUCUCUCUCAGCAUCGUGUCUGUCGCCGUGCUUUUGCAGAUUGGCGGCUACAAACCGAUGAUUCUCAAGAUUAUGUUCGUCAUAGCGGUCUUUGUUUCCCAGUUGGGUUUUUUCUGUAUACUUGGCAACAACGUCAUUGAACAGAGCGAGCAGUUGAUGAUGUCCGCGUACAGCAGCUACUGGCCGGACGCUAAUCCUCGCUUCAAGAAGACGCUGCUCAUCUUCAUGACGCGGGCACUGCAACCCCUCCAGUUAAGGGUCGCAAAACUGUACCCGCUCUCAAAGGAAACAUACCUUCAGAUACUGAAUGCGUCCUACUCUCUUUUCAACUUGGUGUUCCAAACGAACGGAAGAAAUUAAUAAGAUGACUCAUCGACGUAAUUUACCAGCAUACAUUUUCAGAUAUUUGAAGGUUGAGAUUUAAUGCCAUAAGGAUAUAAGAGAAAACCAUUAUCAGCAAAACAGUUAC